UUUUAAAAAAAAGGAAAAGAAAAAUGGUUACUACUACAAAUUCAGAAGAAGCAAUAAUUGAAGAAGAAAGAAUAUUAACAGAAUUGGAGAAGAAUGCAAUUUCUAGAAGACAGCAUUUAUUGGAAAUGAGAAAAAGGUUUGUUGGAAGGAAUCAAGGAAAUGGAGACAUUGACGGUGAACAGAAUUGUGGAGAAGAACGUUUUCCAAUUCAAUUUCGAUCAUAUAAACCAGUUAAUGUGCAGCAACAAUCAUCACCAUCAGAACCACCAAGAGAAGAAAUUAAUUUAUUAAAAGAAAAAAUUGAAGGGCAAUUAGAAGCUGGGAAAGAUGCAAAAGUUGGGGAGUCUUUAGAUAUUAAUACUUUGGCUCCAAGAAAAGUGGAUUGGGACUUGAGAAGAGGAAUUAAAGAGAAAUUGGACAAACUUGAUAAAAGAACAAAUAAGGCUAUAAUUCAAUUGAUAAGUUGGUUUUUUUUUGUUUGGGGAUUGUUCUGGAAUAUUUAAGACAUAGGUAUAUACAAACCUUUGGGGGCUGAAAAAUUGGUUAUAAUGCGGUGUUAUUUAAUUGGGAUGUUUUGCUUUUUUGCGGCUCCCUCAUCCAAUGGAUAACCAUAUUUAACAGAAAUUACCUAAAUAGAAGUGUACAAUAUUGGGGGUAUCUUAUAAUGCUUGUUAAAUUGGAUGGUGUUUACUUACUUGUUAGACAACCCCCCCUCCCCCCCCACUCUCCCAAAGUUUGUUUGAUUUCUUCUGGAAUACAUACUUAUAAUUAUGCCAUAUACCUCAAU